AUGGGUUCGUUGACUAGAUCAGCUGCGUCGGUCAAAACGGUGGUUGGCCGAUCGUCAAAAGCAAUUGCACCGCUCUCUAUCACAUCGAGCCUUGGUUCCCCGGAUGCGGCAAUUGACCACAAGACCAUAGACUCGCUUCAAUUGGCGACCGAGAAGGCCUCUCGCACUGGACUUUUUGUUAGCGGUCUCGCCGUUAAGGGAGUCAAUGUUACCUCACGUCGUCAUGCUUCGACUUAUGAUGUUCCAUAUCCAAAUUUUGAUGAGUGUCGUCGUAAGUCAACUCUUGACGCGAAAGUAGCUUCCAGGGAUACGGAACCCGAGAGAGUGGCUUUCACUCGUGCUGUUAAAGGCGUUGCAUUUGGAUCAUUUGGUCUAUGGGGUGCAAAAGAAGGAGUUCAGCUACUUCUUUAUUCUAAAAGUAUGUCAAUGGCGACUCGUGCUUUGGCUGCGAUCGAAAUUAGCAUGAAUGACAUUCCCGAAGGGACAACAAAAACCUACGAAUGGCGCACGCGUCCAGUUUUUGUUCGGCACAGAACCAAGGCUGAAAUUGAUCGUGAGAAGGCUGUUGUUGUUUCUGAAUUGAGGGAUCCUGAGCACGACGAUGUGCGAGUGAAACGUGAUGAAUGGUCGGUGGUUAUUGGUGUCUGCACACAUCUUGGAUGCGCUCCUAUUGCUGGCGCUGGUGAAUACUCUGGCUACUACUGCCCCUGCCACGGCAGUCACUACGAUGCAUCUGGACGCAUUAGAAAGGGACCCGCUCCUCGUAACCUUGAUGUGCCACCAUACGUUUUCAAAGGAGAUACGAUUGUUGUCGGAGAAGAGGAAAAA